AUGAGAUACUUUUUGAAAUAUGUUGAAAUCGAUAAUUUCAAAUCGUACAAAGGUCACAUUGCCAUCGGUCCCUUACAAAAAUUUACUGCUAUCAUCGGACCCAAUGGAUCAGGCAAAUCAAACCUUAUGGAUGCGGUUAGUUUUGUACUUGGUGAACCGACGAAAAGUUUACGUGUCCGAAAAUUAUCCGACUUAAUUCAUGGAGCACCCAUCAAUAAACCAGUCAGUAAUCGUGCAUCUGUUUCUCUGAUCUUUAUUUGUACAAAAACUGAUGAAAAUGGCACUCGUAGUGAAGAAGAGAAACGCUUUCAACGAUUGAUAGUUGGCAAUACAUCUGAAUAUCGCCUCGAUGGUCAUCAAGUAUCAGCAACGGAAUACACAGAAGAACUCGAAAACUUAGGGAUCAUUCCCAAAGCCAAGAAUUUCCUUAUUUUUCAAGGUCAAGUUGAAUCAAUUGCAAUGAAGACGCCGAGAGAACUCACGGCGAUGUUUGAAGAACUAAGUCGCAGUGGAGAAUUACGUGAUGAGUAUGAAAAGGCGAAAGUGGAGAAAAACAAGGCUGAACAAGAUACACACGCCAAUUUUCAAAAGAAGAAGGGCGUAGAAAAGCAGAAGAAAGAAGUUCGAUUGGAAAAAGAAGUCGCACAAAAAUAUGCUGCAUUACAAAGUCAAUAUGAUGAACUGCAACUACAAUUAAAGUUAUUUCAAUUGUAUCACAAUAAACAAGAAUUGAUUGAAAAACGUGAGUUGGUUGAUACAAAAAAAGACGAAGUGAUGAAAUUGGAAAAACGAAAAGAAAUAUCCGACGAAGAAAUGAAAGCAAAGAAAAAAGAAUUGGCCAUUUACAAUAAAGAAUUGGCAGCUGAUGAACAGAAGGUCAAGGAAAUGGAAGCACAAAUUAAUAAGCAUCGUCCAACGUACAUAAAAGCAAAAGAAAACUCCGCACAUCAUCAGAAAAAACUUGAUCUUGCGAAGAAAACUUUACUCGCUGCCGAAAAAACACAUGCUGCUCAUGGUGAAGAAAUUGAAAAAUACGAAGCCGAUCUACGCGAAGUUGAACGACUGCGUAAAGAAUAUGAAGACAAAUUGCAGGAUGAGUCUCAAAAUGCUGGUCGAAAUUUAGCUCUCGAAGAAGAUCAGAUGAAAGAGUAUCGACGUUUGAAAGAAGAAGCAGCAAAAGAAAUGACACAAUUUUCGGAAGAAUAUGAUUCAAUCGAUCGAGAACAACAAGUAGAGAAAACUAAUCUGGAGCAGGAACUACGAAGUCAAAAAGAUCAUCUAGCAAAAUUUAAACAAACCGAACUACGUAUCGAAGAACUGACUAGCAAAAUUGACAAACUGGUUGGCUAUAUAGCAGAUGUGGAACAAGAACUUCGGGAUAAACAAGCAAAUGCUCAGUUAUUGGAACGAGAAGUGAACGAAGGUCAUCGACGUUGUACUGAACUGGAGCAAGAACUUGAGCAAGUUAAUAAAGAGAUUGGUGAAGCUAAAUCUGAUCGAAACGAAACUAGUCGUGCACAGCGACGCGCCGAAUUGAUUGAAAAUCUCAAACAGUUUCCUGGUGUGCAUGGUCGAUUGAUGGAUCUUUGUGAACCAACUCACAAACGUUUUCAAAUGGCAAUAACGAAAGUACUCGGUCGUAACAUGGAUGCUAUUGUUGUUGAACGUGAAACAACUGUCCAAUCAUGUCUACGUUAUAUGAAGGAACAUCGAUAUGAACCUGAAACAUUCUUACCGCUCGAUUAUAUCAAAGUAACGCCAGUUAAUGAACAACUUCGAGAGCUGCAGGAACCAAAAAAUGUUAAACUGGUACUUGAUGUUAUUAAGUAUGAUAAGCAGUAUUAUAAAGCACUACUCUAUGCAUGUGGUAAUGCACUUGUUUGUGACAAUGAUGAUGAUGCUCGUCGACUUGCCUACGAACAUGGAGAUCAAAAGAAUAAAGUUGUAUCAAUAAAUGGAACACUAUUUAGUAAAUCGGGCGUUAUUUCUGGUGGAUCAAGUGAAUUGAAGACACGCGCGAAACGUUGGGACGAAAAGCACCUUGACGCGUUACGGUUACGUAAAGAUAAAUUGUUUGAUGAAUACAAAGAACAACAGAAAAAGAAACGCCGUGCAGCAGAAUUAACCAACUUACGAGCACAAUUUCAACAGUUAGAAAGUCGGUUACGUUAUUCCAAAACCGACAAAGAUGCAGCAGAGAAAAGACAGCGACUUCUGAUCGAAAAAGAUCUCGUUGAAUUGCAGUUAAAAGUGCAAGAAUACGAGCCGAGAAUCAACGCAUUACAAGCAUCGAUCGACGAACGAGAAAAACGAAUAGCAAAAAUACGCGCCGAGAAAAACAAAAUCGAAGAUGCAGUCUUCGCUGAGUUUUGUAAACAAAUUCAUGUUUCUAAUAUUCGUGUCUAUGAAGAUCGCGAGUUACAAGCAGCAGAAAAACGCGCACAGGAACGGUUAGAAUUUGAAAAUCAGAUCAUCAAGAUUCAAACGAUGCUCGAAUUUGAACGUUCGCGUGAUACAGCUGGUCAUGUGGAAGAAAUUGCCAACGAAGUGACGUCAUUAGAAGAUGCUUUACAAAAAAGUCAAAAGGAUGAGAAAAAAUACCGAAAAAUCAUCGAAGAUCUUCAAACGGAAAUCACUGAUAUCAAAGAUCGUUUAUUAGAUCACAAGAAGAAAAUCGAAUUUCAAGAACGUGAAAUAUCGGAAUAUACGAAACGUGCCACCGUAUUGAAUAAAGAUUACAAUGAACAACGCAAGCGACUACAAUUAAUCGAAAGUGAUAUCGAUAAACUGCGUUUAGAUCGUCACAAUUUCUUUCGCACGGCUAAGUUAAACGAAAUCGCGUUACCAUUCCGUGGUAAUGCUGGUUCGAUGGCUACCAUAUCACUUGCUGAAACAUCGUCAUCUGAUGAUACCAGUCUUGUUAGUACUCAAACUCAAAGUAACACUUCCACGACAUUGCUCAUGACUCAAUCAACAAUCACGACUGAUUCAUCGACAUUGUCCAACAACGAUGGAAUCUUACCAAGCCAAGUCGAGAGCAAGCAAAUCUAUGACAAAGAGGACAGAUUCGAUUUAAAUUUCAAACGUCUACGUGAUGAUUUGAAGAAAAUUAGUCACGAAGAAAUUGACAAGGAAGAAAAACUAUUGAUUAAGCAAAUGUCUGAUAUUGAAAUUCAACUUCAAAAGCAUUUACCGCAAACAUCAACGAUCGACGCACGUUCGCGAGAAGUUAAAUCAACGUUUGAAUUGACAAAUGCCGAAUUCGAACGCGCGCGAAAUGCUGCUAAGCAAGCGAGACAAGCUUUCGAAGCAGUUAAAAAAGAACGUUGUGAUCGCUUCAAUGAACUGUAUGAACACGUAUCAGCAUGCAUCGACAAUAUUUACAAAUCCUUAACAAGUUCGCGAGCUGCUGUCGCCUGUUUGACUGCUGAAGAUGCUGAAGAACCCUAUCGUGCUGGUAUAACAUACAACUGUGUUGCACCCGGCAAACGUUUUCAAGCCAUGGAAAAUUUAUCGGGUGGAGAAAAAACGGUUGCAGCUAUUUGCCUAUUGUUUGCUUUACGAAGUUUUAAUCCAGCUCCAUUCUUUUUACUUGACGAAGUCGAUGCUGCUCUUGACAAUACCAAUAUCGGCAAGGUAGCCGAUUUUAUUCGUGAUCAAUCGACAUCUGAAUUUCAAUGUAUUGUCAUUUCACUGAAAGAACAGUUCUAUUCACACGCCGAUGCGCUUGUUGGUAUUUAUCCUGAGCCCGGUGAUUGCAUUACAAGUCAUUGUCUCACAUUAGAUUUAAAUCAAUUCGAUGAUCGAGAAAAUAUUCCACAGAUUUGUGAUUAA